CACACACCUAAAAUGCAACAUGCACGCUUUCUAAUAAGUUCGUUGUAUUGCUUUGUGUAUCAGUUCGGUUUUGGGUCGAUGCAAAGUUUGUCCCAAAGUGGCUAGCCAUGGUUCUAUGGGAGUAAUCCAUUGUGCGCUUAAAUCACUCUUAAAAUGCAUCCAAAAAUCAGAAACAGAAUCAGAAUCAGAAAUACUUGAAUAAUCCCCGAGGGGAAAUUAAGAUUUUCAGCACAAUCCCAUUCAAGAGCAGACAAACAUUACAGGGAGACAGAACAGGAUUGCUGACUGGUCUGCCAACUUCCGGCGCUCUUUACAAAAAAGAUGAGACUGAUGUGUUUCUGCGGCGCCUUGCUGCUCCUCCUCGUUUUUCCUGCUGGUUGCCAGGGAGGCAACAUUUUGGUUAUUCCGAUCGAGGGCAGCCACUGGGUGAACAUGGACAUCCUCAUCCGAGAGCUGCACUCACAGGGGCACAAUGUGACCAUCGUGUGUCCCAGCAAGACGUGGUACAUCAAGAACAACGCCUCCUAUUACCACACUGUCACCAUCCCAGUGGAAAAGACCUUGGACAAAGACUUCAUCACCAGCAUGAUAUUUGAGAUCAUGAAGUUUAAGAGGGGGUCCUUACCCCUGACGACUUUACUCAACCUAACCGUGAGAAUGUUCGAAAUGUUCCUCGACGCUCACAAUGUGGUGGCCGAAUUGCUUAAAGACGACGACCUGAUGAGGAGAUUGAAAGACAGCAAAUUUGACUUACUGCUCACUGACCCCUGUGGGGGUGGAGGUGCAAUUGUAGCCAAAUAUUUGAACCUUCCUCUCGUGUACAACGUUCGCUGGAUAAUCGCUACUGAAGGUCAUUUUGCAAUCGCUCCUUCGCCACUAUCUUAUAUCCCCAUUACGGGAACGGGCUACACCAACAAGAUGACUUUUUUUCAAAGAUUUAAAAACUUGAUUGCGUUUUGGAUUGGCUACACACAACAUAACUUAGUGAUUAAGUACAUUUACCAGAAAAUAUGUGACAAAUAUCUGGGGCCGGAUAACGAUAUGCACCAUUUACUGCAGUCUGCAGACCUUUGGCUCAUGAGAGUGGACUUUGUGUUUGAGUUUCCUCGCCCCACCAUGCCCAACGUCAUCUACAUAGGAGGAUUCCAGUGUCAACCUGCCAAGCCUCUACCAGACCACCUGGAGGAGUUCAUGCAAAGUUCUGUAGAUCAUGGAGUCAUCCUCAUGUCUCUUGGGACUUUUGUGAGCAAACUUCCUGUCGACUUAGCCGAAGAAAUAGCGACAGCAUUUGCCAAGCUGCCUCAGAAGGUCAUCUGGAGAUAUAAAGGUGCUAAACCUUUAACUCUUGGCAACAACACUCUCCUGGUGGACUGGAUGCCACAGAACGACCUCCUUGGACAUCCCAAGAUGAAACUCUUUGUGGCUCACGGCGGGACAAACGGUGUUCAGGAAGCUAUGUAUCACGGAGUGCCCGUUGUGGGAAUACCUUUGUUUUUCGACCAGUAUGACAACUUGGUGCGUCUCUCAGAAAGAGGAGCGGCCAUCAUACUCGAGUUUUCCUCACUAAGCAAAGAUAACUUUGUGGAGGCCAUGCAGGAAGUUCUUACAAAUUCAUCCUACAAGAAGAACAUCCAGAGACUCUCCAGGCUGCACAGAGAUCAGCCCAUCGCACCGCUCGACAAGGCCAUCUUCUGGAUCGACUUUGUUAUUAGACACAAAGGUGCAGCUCACCUGCGGACCGAAUCUUACAAGAUGCCUUGGUACACCUACUACUCUGUGGACGUGUAUCUGUUCCUAGCUGGAGUUGCCGUAACAGGGUUGAUCAUGUUUUGGAUCACAAUCAAGUGUUUAUGUUCUGCUUUGUGUCGGAAGAAAGUCAAACGUGAGUAGUCAGCAUUUUUAAAAAGUCAACAAACACUUGAAAAUCCAGAAAUCAGUUGUACUUUAAUAUCAUUUUAAAACCUGGGUUCUCUGAGGGCCAUAACAAACCUGACAUGUUCAAGACCCAUAGCGUCCAGAUAACCGAAAGUUUUCUUCAUGUAUUUUUUUGCUCCUGAAGAUGAAGCUGUCAGUCAGUUACCAUAAUUUAUAUUUUUGUUUUUGUGUAACUGGUCGAUAACUAACUGUAUUUGGUACUAGGGCUGGAUGAUAAAACUUUAUCAAUAUAUACAGCGAUAGACAUGUAAUCAAUAUCCCAAAAAUAUGUGUUAACCAUCUAACAGGUGAUCAUAAGCAGCAGCUCAGUAUGUCAACACUGUGGCUUCACAAGUUAGCCCUCUGUGAUCACGGCACGGCUAAAAAAAAUAAUGCUUAUAAUAACACUAAUACUUGGUUAAUAUUCACAUCAUGGGGUUUUUUUAAAUGUAUUUUUAGAGUUAUUUAGAGGCAAACUAGAUUAUUCCCAUUAGCACCAUUGCUAGCCACCUCAAACCAGCCAUUUAUGACAAAUUUGAAUGCAAAAAAAAAAAUUAAAUACAUGUGUUCUUGUCUCAUAAGGAUUCUGAAUGAUAAGCAAAAAUCCUAAAAAAGUGCAGUUCCUCCUGAGGAGGUUAUUGUUAAGUGUUCAAUGAGAUUUAAAAAUUGUGUUUACAUUGAUUGUUUGAAUGUUUUACAUGGUUGUGUUGACAUUUCCUUGCCUUUCUACUUUGAUAGCGGAAAGUAUAA